GCCGCGAUGUCUGACUUUGACCUGGACGCCGAAACACAGAAGCGUCUGCUUUCGCUCCUUCCGGCUCUCCUCACCAUCCAGCGGGCCUCCUGGGAACAGGGAUGCACUGCUCAGGCCCUGCUUGAAGCUCAUCAAUCGCUGGCAUGCCUGCCCAAGAACCUGUUCCUCCAGUACCUUUACGGAUUCGCACACGAUGCCGCCGUUCGCCAAGCUGACGAUGGUCGCCUCUCUGCAGUGCUGAACGGGGACGGCACCACCGACCAGGGCGCAGUCGACCCUGCCUGCAUAGGCGAAACGUUCUACUACCUCCUCAACCUCCAAGAUGUUGAUAAGCAAGAACUCUCGCAAGAGGACGCGGCUCGCUUCACGAGCAGUGUAGAGGCCAUGCUCAGUUACAUCCUCGAUCGGUGUCCGCGCGCACCUGUCUCGCAGGACCGUUCGUCGCCCUCUGACGUGCUACUAUCUCAUCGAAUGGACUGCGUGCAGAUAUGGUCUGACGCAGUAUACACGCUACCACCCUUCCUUGCUUCCGCCGCCGUGUAUUACGUACGACACCCGAACCCCGCGUAUGUUCCCUCGAGACUACUAUCGAUGUCGCUCCGCCAGAUCGAUCUCGCCGCGCAAGCACUGCAGAGCCCGUGCGGGCUGUGGUCACACAUCUUCGACCUACAGACGUACGAAUUCCGGCGCCGGGCGUUCUGGGGAGUGGGCAACGGCUGGGUGUGCGGUGGCAUCGUGCGCGUGCUGUCCACGCUCGCCAACGCACUCUCCGACGAGAAUGACACGGAGCUCUGCGCGCUGGUGACGGGCGCGGAGCUGGCCGAGCCCGUGCAGUCGUGCUACCACAUCCUCACGCGCACGCUCAACGCCUGUCUGUCUCGCUUAAGGCCGGACGGGCUAUUCCACAAUGUCCUGGACGACGAAACGACGUUCGUCGAGGCGAAUCUGUCUCAACAGCUGUCCUACACCCUCUUCCGGCUGCUUGACUUGCAUUCGCACUACUCUCCACGCGUACGCAAGCUGCUCCGCUUGCCAGAACUCGACGAGGAGACAAGGAUCCGGUGGGAGAAAACGGCGGCUCUCAUGCAUGAUGCCGCAUGCAGGAAGACGGAUCGCUGGGGAUUUGUGAGGGAUGUGUGUGGCAGUCCUCGAUUCGACAAGGCGGGCACGGCAGCGGAGGGACAGGCAUGGGCCAUAGCGAUGGAGGUUGCCAGAUAUCGGUAUCUCAAUACAAAGGCGCUAGCACGGGCGCAGUCACUCUGAACUCUACCCCGAUCGUAUGCCUGGAACGUUUGGACGCUAUGCGAAGGAAUGGCCGAUUAAUCUGUGAGUCGCACUAUUCAUUGUGCAUAGAUGCGAACAUGUGUGUCUACAAAUCCGUGUUUUUGGGCUCAAUUAACGAUCUUGUCUCCAGCAUAAGAUGUCAUGUAUAGUAGUGCUUGCUUCAACGUACUGGCAGAUAGAUCAAUGCAUUGGAGCUUUUGCCAAUUGCUCAGCUACGCUUGAAGCUACCAGUCCUUCUGUGACGAGCGCAGCAACAUAUUCUUUCAUCCAGUAUUGAUAAUCUUUCACGUCGAUAGGUUUGAUCUACGGUUACGUUGUCAGCCCUGAUCGCGU